GGUGGCGCCAGUUUACUCUCAGGCUCGACAUGCACGAUGUCCCGAACAACGAUCGACAUCUGUGCUUGUACCACCGAUCUGGUGGUGCAUGUCAAGCAUGGCUGAACAACAUCUUGACCAGCCACGGCGUAGCAGUGUCGGAACURCACACCAAGCUCACUUGGCAGGAGUUGACUGACGUCUGGCACAAGCGAUUCCAAGUGGAGCCGCCCAACCUGCAAGCGAUGGACAAGCUCAACAAGCUCCAUCAGAACACGCUGCUCAGUCAGGACUGGAUUACCGAGUUCCAAAGACUCGCCUCCACACAUGACCUUCCGCUCGCAUUCCGCGCCAUCAAGCACUUGUUUAUCAUGCGCUCGUGCCCAGCUUUGCGAAACGCGCUGACGCAGAUUGCAGAGACACUCGACACAUCUGACAAGCUUUUCAGCACAGUGUCACGGAUCAUUCUCACAAAUAUAGAAGUCCGCAACGCCGGCCGAUCUUCCGCGACGACGAGCAGCACCCAGCCCAAGCCAAAGGUGGCUUGCAUUACUUCUACCAAGGCUGUAACACCAAACGAGGGUGAAGUGUUGGCAGCUGCCCGGGAUGGUGGCCGGCCGCGCAACAAUCACGGCCGCGAUAAGACGAAGACUCAGUCCACCUCUACACCGAGCACUGGAUCAGCGGCCGGCGAAGCUUGGGCACAAUACGGACUCUCGGCGAAUUCCUAUCGCACGAGACUCAAGUACCGUUACUGCCUUUGGUGCAAUAUCACCAUCCACGAUGCUGCACAUUGCCCCACCAAGGGGAAACCCCAUGCGGAUGUCAAGAGUCUUCCACUUUCGCUCGAAGACUUCGCUGCCGGGCUCUUUCCUUCACUGGAUGCUUCUCAAGGACAAGAUACAUGUGCGGCUUUCUCAUCGCCCGGAGGUUCCUCCGCCACUUCGUCUUCAUCAAGGGAUUCGGCAAGCGCAUUCAACGAGGAGGUCUUGGACCCGCUCACGCCCGAGGACUUCGCUUGGAUUCCUCUCCCUACGACGGGCAACCUUCCGGGGCCGCAAAGCGCAGCACUAUGCCCCCUCUUACACGAGUAUCUUUCCUUCCAUGCACCACCAACUUCGCCGACGGUAGACGAAGUCAUGGUGGGGGACAUUCUUGGUUAUGUUGCCAAGGUGGCCCGCGAGUUUGUCUCGCAACGGUAUGAAGAAAACAAUGCACCGUUGCUCUACGUUCGCAUUCAGAUUGGGCAAGCGGCCUGCAACGCUUUGCUAGAUUGCGGCGCAACUCGCAACUUCAUCAGCCAGUCCUYCAUGACUCGGGCUGGCCUUGGCGCACAAGUACGGAGGAAGUCACAUCCGACGACGGUCGCUCUUGCCGACGGUAAGACGAAACAACUUUUAGACCGUUACAUCUCGGUCGUCCCGGUGUACUUUGCACCGCACGCAUGUGAACCCGUCACUUUUGACGUGUUGGACACCGACUUCGAUGUCAUUUUGGGGAUGCCUUGGCUUUCUAGCGCGGACCACACAGUCAAUUUCCAUCGAUACACGCUCACGAUUCGUGAUGCAACUGGCGCCGAGGUCCCGUGUACUAUUACUCCUCCUGACUCUUCCAUUCGGUGCCAAGUCGUGAGUGCCAAAUCUUUUCGAGACACAUGCCGUUUCGAGCAUGUCGAAGAGAUUGGCAUCUCUUUUCUUCGAAUCGUCCCGACGACCGAUUCAUCAUCCACAGAUGUGUCUUCCGACCCCCGUGUGACCCGGUUGUUAGACGAGUUCUCGGAUGUUUUUGAGACACCCUCCGGUAUAGUGCUGGACCGGCCAAUCUCUCACGAGAUCAUACUUGAGACCCGUGUCGUGCCACCGAAAGGAUGCAUUUAUCGCAUGUCCGAGGAGGAGCUCACGGUUCUUCGUGCGCAACUCGACGAUCUACUYGACAAGGGUUGGAUCCGCCCUAGCAGCUCACCUUACKRUGCGCCCGUUCUCUUCGUUCGGAAGAAGAACAAGGACCUUCGACUUUGCAUUGACUACCGACGCCUCAAUGCGCAAACCAUCAAGAACGUGGGGCCUCUACCUCGCAUUGACGAUUUGCUUGAGCRGUUGGGCGGCGCCAAGUACUUUUCGAAGUUGGACCUCAAGUCGGGYUACCAUCAGAUUUCCAUCCGCCCGCAAGAUCGGUACAAAACCGCGUUYAAGACGCGAUAUGGGCAUUUUGAGUGGGUAGUUAUGCCUUUUGGCCUCACCAAUGCCCCGGCCACCUUUCAGGCGGCCAUGACCACCGAGUUUCGCGCUAUGUUGGACCGCUUCGUCUUGGUCUACUUAGACGACAUCCUCGUCUAUAGCCGAACUCUAGAGGAGCAUCUCGAGCACCUUCGCCGUAUUCUAGAGACUCUUCGUUCAGCCCGGUACAAAGCUAACCGCGACAAAUGCGAGUUUGUCCGGCAAGAGUUUGAAUACUUGGGUCAUUUUGUCUCUCCGGAAGGCAUUCGUCCGUUGGCGGACAAGAUUCAAGCCAUCCAGGAGUGGCCCGAGCCGAAGAAUGUGACGGACGUCCGAUCCUUCCUCGGCUUGGCCGGUUAUUAUCAGCGCUUCAUCAAAGGUUACUCGAAGAUCGCAGCCAACCUAAGCAAGUUACGAAGCGAGGAGCGGCCUUUUGACUUCGACGACGAUGCGCGCCAUUCUUUUGAGACACUCAAAGCAGCACUCUUAUCCGUCGAGGUGUUACAUAUUUACGACCCGCUUCUAGCUACGCGCGUCACUACCGAUGCGUCGGGCUAUGGCAUUGGGGCCGUCCUUGAGCAGCACGAUGGCACGGACUGGCAACCGGUCGAGUACUUUAGCAAGAAAGUAGCUCCCGUGCAUUCGAUCGACGACGCACGGAAGAAGGAGCUUCUUGCCUUCGUCCACGCCCUCAAGCGUUGGCAACAUUUCCUCCUUGGUCGGAAACCAUUCCGAUGGGUAACGGAUAACAAUCCGUUGGUAUUCUACAAGUCGCAAGACACGAUAAACAAUACCAUUGCCCGCUGGAUGACUUUCAUCGACCAGUUUGACUUUUUCCCCGAUCACAUUCCCAGGAAGUCAAACCAUUUUGCGGACGCCCUCUCACCGCGACCGGAUCUUUGCACCGCAGUCUACUCUACCUUCGAGAUCGACGACAACUUGCGGGAGAGCUUCAUCCGCGGCUAUCAAGCCGACCCCCACUUUCGCGACAAGUACGCGAAUUGCUCCUCUCUGAAUCCGGUGCCUUCGCAUAAUCGGAUCCAAGAGGGUUACUUGUGUAUUCACGAGCCGAGUUCGGCUCGCCACCCGCAAACCGAUGGUCAAACGGAAAGGGCGUACCAGACCGCUGAAGUCCUUCUACGCACUCUCAUCCGUCCCGACCACGUUGAUUGGGUUGAGCGCUUGCCAGACGUUGAGUUGGAUUACAACUCAUCGAUCCAUCCGGCUAUUGGGAUGUCGCCAUUCGAGUUUGAGCAUGGUUCACCCAUCUCAUCGCCGUUGGAUGCCACUUUGUCGCGCACAGCCGAGAGCGACGACCAUCUUGCGUUCCUUCGUCGCAUGCAAGAGCUUCUUGUCAAGGCACGGGAUCAGAUGUCGAAGACGCAAAUACGGAUGAGCCGUCAAGCCAACCGCAAUCGCCUUCCUUGCCCGUUCUGCGCCGGCGAUCUGGUUUGGGUCUCCGCCGCGGAGUUCAGCCUUGAGCAAGACAUCUCUCGCAAGCUCCUUCCCUAGUGGAUGGGGCCUUGGCGCAUUCUCUCUGCAGUUGGUGAUGAUCCCGAGGGGCCUUCAUUCCGCAUCACGGUGCCACCUCACUUGCCCGUCCACACGGUGUUCCACUGUUCCAAACUCGCUCCUUUUGUUUCAGCGGAGUUCGACGAGUUUCCCGGUCGACGUACGCAAGACCCUCCUUCCAUGGACGGAUUUCAGGAGGCCGGCUACAUCAUCACCGACCGGCGUCAUGGCAACAAAGAAACAGAGUUUCU